GAGAGAGAGAGAGAGAGAGAGAGAGAGAGAGAGAGAGGGGAAAGAGAGAAUGUGGGAGACAACCAAAAACAUUUGAAGGGCUAUUAACAGUUGACAAAACCUCUUUUUAGGCCCUACUUUCAUGGGACCCCUAAUUUUCAAACCUCUCUCUCAAUCUUCUUCCAUUUUCCAUCUUCCUUUCUUUUCUUCGUUCACCUUUUCCAGUUUCCCUCAAACUGAUAAUAAUAUUUAUACACCCCUUAACCUUCUUCUAUAUAUAUCCCCCUUCUUUCCCCAACCUAUACCUAUCUAGCUAGUUUCAGUUAGUACUUCAUCAUAUAUUCUUUGAUUUCAAAACCAGUGGUCUAGCUGGUGUCAAAAAAAAAUGGCGGAUACGGAUGGUUCAGUAACAAGCAAGAGAAUGGGUUGCUCCAUACCCGAGAAAUUCCAGCUCCAUGCUGCCAUGUUGAUAUUGCAGUUUGGAUAUGCGGGUUUUCAUGUGGUGUCUCGGGUUGCCCUUAACAUGGGGAUCAGCAAAGUUGUGUUCCCAGUUUACAGGAACAUCCUCGCUUUGCUUCUUCUCUUGCCCUUUGCCUAUUUCCUUGAGAAGAAAGAACGGCCACCGCUUACUCGGUCUUUCGUGAUUCAGUUCUUCCUCAUGGCUAUUGUUGGAAUUACUGCAAACCAAGGAUUCUACUUGUUGGGAUUGGAACACACAUCCCCAACUUUUGCAUCUGCCAUUCAAAAUUCUGUCCCGGCCAUCACAUUUCUCAUGGCUGCAUUACUCAGGAUAGAACAAGUGAGACUGAACCGGAAAGAUGGGAUCGCAAAGGUGGUCGGAACCUGUUUCUGCGUGGCCGGAGCCACGGUGAUCACACUAUACAAAGGUCCGGCGAUAUACACACCGACAAAAACGUUACAAACGAUGGCGCCGGCGAACCCAACGGUUCACGAGUUAGGAAAUGCGGACGGAAAGAACUGGACAUUGGGUUGCAUAUUCUUGAUCGGGCAUUGCCUGUCUUGGUCCGGUUGGCUGGUUUUACAAAAACCGGUGCUGAAAAGUUACCCGGCCAGGCUGUCAUUCACAUCGUACCAGUGUUUCUUUGGGAUUUUACAGUUCCUACUUAUUGCUGCCUUUAUUGAGCGGGACGGACAAGCUUGGAUGAUCCACUCUGGCGGUGAACUCUUCACUGUCUUCUACGCUGUAAGUUUUUUUUUUUUUUUUUUUGCUACUACUACUAAUAAUAAUAAUAAUUCAGUCAAAUGCAAUCCCUUUCAUUCCCCGGGCCACUUAUAAAUGCUUAUGAGAAUUUCUACUUCAAUUACCAAAGACCUUUUUUUUUUUUUUUAAAAAAAAAAGUUUUGAAAACAAAUAAUGGUCCAAUAGUAUAAUGAGGAAUUUUUGUCACCGUGAUACAUAUGGUCUCUACUAGUAUAGUACUACUAAUAAUCUCUAAUUGCAUGGCUGAUAUCUCUAGUCAAUUAAUACAAGUAGUUGUCCUGCAUUUAUUCUUCUUAAUAUGUGGUACUACUACCAAUCAAAUGUUUGAUUUCAGAUGUAACUAUUAAUUCUCUUAGACUACAUUGUGAACUCAGAUAAUUAAGUAGCAUACUCUAUGGAGUCUCUGAAUAAGAUGACUCGAUGGAGUAAUAUACAUUGAACAUUGGAACGAGAGAAAACAGAGGAAUAAAAGUAGGAAUCAAUAGAUUAUAAUUUUGUAAAACGAAGAGGAAAGCCUAAACCCUAAAUAUUUUUAAGAUGAGUAAUAAAAUGAAGAAGAGAGGUUGGCCAGGAAAAUGACUACCAUCAUUGCAUGUGCAUAUGGGAUAUUGUGAUGUGAAAGAUAAAAAAAUGGCCAAGUGGGUAAAUGCCAAACUCAAUCGAGCCCUAUGCAUACAUGCACUUUGUUUUUGGUUGUAUUAUUUCCAUCGUCUUUCUUCUUUUGGAACUUUAUCUAAAUUUGAACGACAAGAUGGUAAGUCAAAACUCGGAAAAAAUAAAAAAUAAAAACCUCCAAAUCCCAAAAGUCCAAUUUUUCCGUUUUGUAUUUAUCGUGUUGGACAAAAUAAUAGUAACAACAUGUUAAAAUCUAAAGUGGUUAGUUAAUAAUGUAACCCUAUAAAAGUAGGGCCGGGCAAAAUGAAAAAAGGAAAUGAAAUGACAACAAAUUCUCAAAAAUUUAAGAAGGUGUAAUUGUAAAAUUUAUAAUUGCAUAACGGAUGAAUAUAUAUAUGAAUAUUGCAGGGAGUGGUGGCAUCCGGGAUCGCAUUCGCUGUACAGAUAUGGUGCAUUGACAGGGGUGGCCCCGUGUUCGUGGCGGUGUAUCAACCUGUUCAGACUCUGGUUGUCGCCAUUAUGGCUUCCCUUGCUUUGGGCGAGCAAUUCUUCUUGGGAGGGUACUAUAUUUCAUUUCCUACCACUUUCACUCCGCUUUUUUAUUUUUUCACAAUUAAAUCACAAAAAUAAAAAGAAAAGGCAAUCAAGACUAUCAAUUAUGCAAUUUUCCCAUACCCCACAUGGUCGUCCCGAGUUAGGUAUACAUGUUUAUCUGUCAUCGUUUGCUUUAGUACUAAUAUACUAACGACUUGAAGUCUUGAAUUUACUUCACAAUUCUCUUUCAGUCCUAUUUAAAUUUGUAAUUCUGAACCAGUACUAAUAUUUUUUAUUUUAUUUUUGACAAUAGGGUUAUCGGAGCCGUGCUGAUCAUAAUAGGAUUGUAUUUGGUGCUGUGGGGCAAAAACGAAGAGCAGAAGUUCGCCAUGCAAAAGGCGGCAGCCAUUCCGCCUCCUACGGCACCGGAACACGUCAUCAACAGCAGAACCGCCGCCCACAUCAAGUCAUCCCUGGCGCAGCCUUUACUUGCUCCGUCGUCGGAGAAUGUUUGACCGGCACCAGCCUGACUUUUGACUACAAUGUUUGCCGGGCUACUAUUUGGAAAAAAAAGACCCCGUGAAGAAAAAAGAAGAAAGAAGUAAAAAAAAAAAAAAAAAAGGAAGUUGCUAUGCUAUAUUAAAAAUGCUUGCAGUGUGUACGAAAUCUUUUUGUGUUUUUUUCUUUUCUUUCUUUUUUGAGUCUUAGGCUUUAAAAUAUGGGGAAGCUUUUUUCUUUUACUCUCAUUAGGAGAGUGGCUGCUGAAAGGAAAAGGGAUCGAGAUCGAGAAUGUAAUGACUUUGACGAUUAUCUUUUUGGCUAUGGGAUCUCUGCUCAGCAUGAAAAAAUCCCAUAUGGUUUCAAUUAAUUAGACUAUGUUAAUUUAAUGGCUUGAUUAAUGGAAAAAAAAAUUGUUCCGAAAAGGAGAGUGAUAUGUACAACAAUGAUGGAGUUAAUGCUUUACUGCUAGGCAUAUCUUAGUUUAGUUAUUUAAAAUGGUCCUCCACAUUAAUUUGGAUACACAUUCUGAUGGCUAGGAUCCUAUAGAUCCAUUCUAAAGAUGGCAAAGUAAAAGUAAGAAUAAUUUAUUUACCCAUAUAUAAUUAUCAAACUCACUUUGUGAACUGGAAAUGAUGCUGUUGGUGCUAGAA